GCGGCCCACGGCCCGCGACGGCUGGCUGUGCCGGCUGAGCCGCGAUCGGCCCCGCUGCCGACGGCAUGCCGGUGGACAAGGGGACGCGCCGGCGGCGCGCGAAGCUGAGGAACGAGGAAGGCGCUCACGCCGCCGGGGCGCCCAGCGGAGCGACUGUCGCCGCCGGAGCCGCAGCAGCGACGGCGCUCGCUUCGCCCGCGCUUCCUGCGGCCGGGCCGGCUGAGCCAGCGCCGACCCCCCGAGCAGCUGGCGCCCUGCAGCAGCUCGGCCGAACACCAGAGCAGUCGGCGCCGCCGGCCCCGGCGCCAGGGGCCAUCUUCAGGUCCGAGAGGUUGUGUAUCGACCCCGUGCACGUCUAUAGCGUCACCACGAUAGACGGUUCAGCACUCGAGGUCGAAGGGUGGACGCUCCUCUCUGCCGGCUUCAAGUUCGAGGACGAAAUCCUACACAGUUCUGGCUCUACUGAUCUGCAGGUAAAGGCCGAGGAGGAGGAGGACGACGAGGGACAGACACUGCAGCCGCACAUCGCCCCCUCCUCAGAGGCGCCCGCUUGCUCAAAGGAUGCUUCUGCCAGCGGGCCCGGUGACCCGCCACAGCAGCACUUGCAGUUGCCGCCACAUUCACCAACGCAGCAGCAGGCUCUGUCUGUCGAGACGCUGUCGGUGGAGGCUGCGGAGGCUACGGCCGUCGAGGAGCCCGUCGUUGGCGAAGGCUGGCGUGUUGAUGCCACGUUAGGGCCCGAAAAGGAUGAAUCAGAAUCGGAUUCCACCCAGGCGGUCAGCAUCCACGACGGCAAGGCUUUGGUGGACCGCGGUGCGGGCGGUGCCAAGCAAAAGCGCAAUCGGAGGAAACAGAAGAAGCCCAAGGCGGUUGGUGGCGACAGGGGGGUUUCUUCUUUCUCGUUCGUGGAUUGGGCUGCGAUUUCCUUGGAGGCUGAAGGCCCGCAGGUGAUGUUUUUCAGUCUGUACGAUGGUGAUCUUGCCCUCUUCAACCCAUACAUGGCUCCACGCAGUCCGAGUUCAAGGCGUGCAAGUAGAUUGCGUCCACCUCCUCGCUUGGCUGGCCGCUGGGCUCCUGCCAGGGCUCCGUGAGCCCCCGCCGAGUUCAGCCACCGGCCAUGUUGGAAGGUCGGCGCUUCAUUUUCCUUCCGUCUUCUCUGUCUCGCCCCUUCUCUCUCUCUCUCUUGUCCGUCUUCCUUGUUGUUUCCACGACACAUCGCAAUGACUUACUUUAUGUGGGGCUUAAUCCUUUGAGUUCGACCACGCACCGUGGACAGUGUCUCCGCGGCUGCCUAGGUUUCAUGUUAGUGGACCUCGUCGUGUGAUCCUAUUGAUUUAGUCUGAUCUAUGACGAUGUUAAUUUUUCUGUACACCGCGUACGAUGGAAUCCAUCAUUCAGUAUGGUGGCUUCUGUAGUAAGAUGUUCCUCCUCCUCCUCCUCCUCCUCCUCCUCCUCUUCCUCGUGUGGCGCAGCAUCGUCCUGCUCGUCGUGUUGUGUCGACGGAAUGGACGCGGAAACCUGCAGUCCAGUUCCCCCGCUUCCCCGCCGAGGUAGGGCCCAGUCUGGCGCGAAAAGGCGAAUGGUGGCUCGACGUUCUUGGGGAUAUGGAUACGGUCGAGGCUGGUAAACAGUUUGUGUUUGUGGCCACGUGCGCCAACUCCACGCACAUCCACCUUGACACAGCAUGUCGGUGGGGUGCGUGGGCGCUCGCAGCUCCAGUCAGCAGGGCAGACUCCAGGCAGCGGGGCAACUCACACAUAUGAGCGAAUCGCUUCGGAAGAA